UUGCCAAAACACUGUCACAUUUCGGCCAUUAUUGAAACUUGAAGCGUAAAAUAACCCUCCCAAUAAAAACGGGAAUCUUCCUUUAUCUAAUCAAUUUUAUCGUUACCUAGUAUUACAAACGUUAAGUAUAAAGUAUCAGUAAACUGAAUAAAACCGAACAAAUGCUCUAAAGCAAGCAAGCAAUGUGGAAGUAUGUCUCGCGCCGCGUAAAGGAAACAUUCGAGCGCAAAUGCAAGGUCUUGGAUGUCCGUCAAUCUUUUUGGGUCUGUAAGGCACCCCAACAGCAGCAGCAUCACCACCACCAACCGCAUCAUGAGAACGGCCCAAAAUGUCGCCACCAUUUGUUUGGGCCGGCUGCUGCUGAUCCGGGAUACUUGUGUGUAGUUGUCGCGAACCGUGGCGAGUGUGACACUCCGUAUGUCCACUGCGAGAAUUGGGACCGAGCCCGCGCCAAAGGUCACAAAAACAACAAGCGCCGGGGAUGUCCGGUGAGCGAGAUCCUCGGAGCCAUCACCUGGAGCGGUGCCAUAAUCUUUGGGUGGUACGCUAGUCAGUUGAUGUGCCUCCAGCGACGCCAUACAGGAUGGGAUAAGUGCAAGUCGCGCUACCUGCAGAUGUUGCAGUCGCCCACGCGGGCGAUUCACUCAUCGUUCCUGUCGCAUUUUGUGCUCGCCUCGCCCAACUAUCCAUCCCUGCUCGCGAAGCGGACACUUCUCGAGAACUUCAGCCCAGCUCCGCUCACUCAUGAUGAGCCCGAUGGCCCGCAGGCUGCGGUCUUCGAUGUCAGCAACGAUUCGGAUAUAAGUUCGGCCCCCAGCAGUGAGUCGCAGAAGCAGAACGUGGACGAAGCUGUUGCUGAUCUCGUCACCUUCCUCGGCGAAACGGAAUACAAGAUGGGCAUCAAGUGUCUCUCGGCUGGGCUGCAUCGCCAAGCUGUUGCACACUUAAAGCUGGCGACCAGCCACAACCACCCGGGAGCCACAUUCAACUUGGGGCUGUGCUACGAGAAGGGACUAGGCUUGCCGAAGAACCCGAAGCGAGCCAUGGAGUGCUACCAAAUCGCCUCUUCGAUGGGACACCCGAAGGCCAUGUAUAAUUUGGGAGUUUUUUAUGCCAGAGGUCUUGGCGGAUUGGAAAAGGACUACGCAGCAGCCAAAAAGUGUUUUGUAACGGCUGCCCAGCUCGGCCAGGCGGAGGCGAUUGACGCCCUGGGUGGCUUCCAUAAGCGCCCCAAGUAUGAGGACGAAGAUCGGAGCAAUUUGCCGCCUAUGACGGAGCUGAUUUUCGAGAAAAACAAGACCGAGAUAUUUGCAGCCGCCGCUAAAUUCACUUAGAGUUGUCGCGAAUGCUUUUAAGAUGCUUCAUUUUUCACUUUUUUUGAAUGAUGGAACGGUAACAGAUGCGGAACGGCAAGCUCCAGAUGACUUCCUUUCGCGAGCGGACAGAAUUUCGUUAUCGUCCGAAUGAAUUCAAUUUUGAUGUUAAAGCAAAAUUUUAAAAUUUUAUUGUUUUUUGAUUACUAUACCGUUAUGGAGAAACAAAUGAACAUUUUCUUGA